GCCGUGUUGUGAAACCCUACCCCGCGGCAGCGGGCGGGAGCGGGGCCGGUCAGACGCCAGGCGGCUCCCGGGGCAGCGGCAGCGGGAUGGAGGCGGCGCUGGACCUGGCCGUGGCCUUGCCGCUGCUCUUCACGGCGCUGGCCCUGCUCCUCGGCUUCCUCUACGUGAAGCGGCGCGGCCCCAAGGCGGAGCGGCCGGCCGAGCCCGGGGACGAGGCGGCGGAGGAGAAGCGGGAGGAGAAGCAGGAGCAGGAGCCGAAGCCGAAGCAGGAGCCGGAGGGCGCCGGGCAGGCGGAGGCCACCGCGGGCCGCAUCCCGGUGGAGGAGGUCGGGGCCGGCGCCGAGAAGCCGCCGCGGGCGGAGGAGGGGGGCGAGCCGCAGCCGCAGCCCAGCGCCCCGCAGGAGGCGGACGAGGAGGAUGGGGAGGACGAGGAGGAGGACGAGGAUGAGGAGAGCAAGGAAGAAGAUCAAGACUCAGAAAGUGAGAAACUGGUAGUGAAGGAGCCUGAAGCUGAUGAUGCUGCCGAUGAAAAGUUCUCCUUUAAAUAUAGCCCUGGAAAGCUGAGGGGAAACCAGUAUAAGUCAAUGAUGACCAAAGAAGAACUCGAAGAGGAGCAAAGGGUUCAGAGAGAGCAGCUGGCUGCCAUCUUCAGGCUCAUGAAGGAAAAAAGUGACACAUUUGGAGAGAUGUCUGAAGGAGACAUGAAGGAACAGCUGAAACUUUAUGAUAUAUAGACUUGACGAAGCUGUAGUCCAUGCCCAACUGCCGUCUUAGGCCUCAUCAUUCAAGAUACUGGAGACUCUCAUGCUAAGAACAGGUGUCACUAAGUACAUAGUCAGUUUGCUAUUCUAGACUGUUUGCAGAAAUGUACAGCCCUCUAUUAUAUUUCUAAGUCCUGUAAUUUCUAUCUCUUUUUACUGAUUUUUCCUAGCAGAAACAUUUGUAUUUUCAUCUUAAAAGAACAGGUUUUCUUGGGGUGAUGCUUUUUAUUGGACCUACUGCAUUGUUAGUUGGGAUAGAGUUAGACAAGCUUUUGAAUGCAAGACGUUAUUUUUUCAAGUCACCUUGGGAUGACGUUAUGUUUCUUGCAGAGCCUUAGGAAGGAUGUUGCUGUGUAGUCCGGCUUCUUUUUUCUUUAAGUUGUGGAUUUUCCUUUGUAAGCAGUGGAUUUCAAUAUCUUCCAUAUUGUGGUAGCGUUAGAGGGAUGUUACAGCUAUAAUGGUCCAGAAAUUAUGCAAGACGCAAGGAUUUCUUAGGGUGAUAAUCUGCAUAGUUGGGAUAGAAUUAUAUAAGGUUUCUAGAGGAAUGUCAUGCUUUUGAAAGCUUGUCUAACUCUAUCGCAGCUACACAGUUAGAUAUCAAUAAAAGAUAUCACCCUAAAACAUCCUUGCCUCACAUGAUUCCUGGACCAUCAUAGCAACAACAUCACUUUAACAGUCCCAUCUUACAAGGAAACAUUUCACUUCUUUUUAGCCAGUUGAUACAAUUCAGCCCAUACAGCCUGGUGAAACUGGCAGUUCUAUGCUAAUUAUAUGUAAAUAUAGCAUCUGACAAAAUACGUUUUUGGUCAUGAAAGCUUAGGCAUCUCUGGUUCAGUUAGCUUAUAAUGUGCAACUCUGCCUGCCUUCUGCCUGGCUUCAGACUAACACAGCUAACUGCUUCUCUCUGCUAUAUGUAAAUAAUUGUUUCUUCACCCAUUCUACCAUUAGGUCAGUAUUUGAAGGAAUCAAACUGCAGUGAAACAGCAGCUGCUACACAUUUUAUGAUGAUGAAAUUGGAAGUUACCCUUUUGUUCAGGAUCAUGGCCAUUACAAAUUCCAACAGUACAGGCCUGAUUUACAAUUCUGGCAGAUGGAAUCAGUAAUUUUUGAAGGAGGGUGAAGCUGCCCAUUAUGGUUACGUGAAUAACAUUAUAAGCAUUUUUGCUAUUGUCCUGCCUUUCUAGAUUCUGUAUUUAUAAUCUAGUAUGUAGUUUCAGGCACAUGUGCCUCUAAUCUGGGUCCAAACUAGAUGCACCGAGGGCUGGAACAGAAUGUUCCGUGAAACAUCUCUCAUGCAGAUAACUUUCUCAUUGGGGAACAGGAAAUUUUAUGCCCCCCUUGUUUUCUCUCCAGGGAAGGUUAGGGGCAACUGAAUUUUUCUCAUUACAGGAUGCAGAAAAGCCAUGUCCAUUCCAUUCUAACAGAAAAUAUUCCAUUAGAAUUUUUAAGUGGAACACAGAUGCUGGUUAUUUUUUGUAACAAUCUUUGUUUGGAGGUAAGAAGAAGAGAGGCACAAGGAGAUGCAUAUUGUCAUGCAAGUUGGUGUAUAGUUCCUUGCAAGAUGGCACAGGAGAGAGCAGGCUGUAAAUAUAGUGGGUGACAGAGGAUGGGGUCAGACGGGGUAGUGGAUGAUGGAGGAGAAAGGAAUCAAUGUCUGAAGUUGGGAAUGGUGUAGCUUGGGUGUUCAAUGGGGCUGUUUGUUAUAAUUUGUGUGCCUUCUGUUCAUCAUCCUGACCUUUAUGUAAGGAGUACAGCAAUGUUAAUACAGCUUGGGAACACUCAGAAAAUGGUGCGUCUUCUCCUGCUCAACACUCGCAAAAUGGUGUAUUCAGCCUUGCCCCUGUGGGAUUUGUCAAGACAGAAGAGCCACCAACACAGAUGUCAGUAGUUGCAAACACCUGUUGCAAAGAAACAUCAGCACCAAGAGGAACAUGAGAGAGUUCUUUAAGAGUAGCCAGUUAAUGUGUUACUACUUGGAUUAGGGGUCAAUGUUAGUCUCUCAUGUCCUUUAAGGCUAUUCUCCUUCUUCAUUCACUCUCUAGCUUUUCAGAGUGACUCAAAAUUGAGCAGCCUGAAGAAAUACGACACAAGUUUAGUCAGAUAACAAACCAAAGCUUAUCCAUACCGAUCAUUAAAUCUGCUAUGAAAAAAUGCACUCAUUUUUUAAGGGAAUUGCCCAACUUGGAUUACAUGUUGUCUGGUAUAGAGCAUCUUGUUGGAAACUGUAUUUUGUGGAAACUUAGCGAAUUCGCCUUUUAGGGGACAUUUCAAAUGUGUUUUAUUUCAUGAUAAGAAUCCUGAGCUGAUGUUUCUCUUGGCGUAAUUCUAUUGUCUUGUGAGACGGACAGAGAUGUCUGCUAUCCUGAGCAGCUGCUGACAUGUUUGGUUCAUCAAAAAAAAAAAUAAUAAAAAAAAAAUAAUAUAUAUAUAUUAGGGCAUUUCAGAUUUAACUGAAUAUAUUUUGUAUGCACCUGUUCUCUAGUCCCUCCUAUGAUAUCCUGUUAGUCCCUCCACAGUAAGAAAAAUUUCCUGGUUUAUACUGCUGACACUGAACCAGUAUCUUCUGGCACAGUGCCAGGGAAGUAUCUCCAGCAAGAUAAACAUUUCUCCCUGUUAGUAUUUUGACUUUGAGAAACAAAGUAUCUCUCAUCCCUUUUACAAUAUCUUUUGUAACAAAAUAAGAUACUUUUUUUUUUUUUAAGUCGUUUUGCUUUUUAACUGUUUUAAUGUGGAUAGAUAGAAGAUGUCUCUAGCAGUAUUUACAAUACACUUGGGCUGGCUUUACGAUCAAGUCCUGGUUUAAUCUAAUUUUCAUGUUUGAAAAUUACCACGUUUUCAAGUACAUUAUUGGGGCAAAUAAGGAGGACAAAAAAGUUAAUUGAUGCGUGUACGUAGCCUAUAAGCUUCCAUAUUAAGUGACUUGUACAUAAGGAGAAACGUGUGGAGUAAUUUCUGGUACAGAUACAUGACCUCCCCUUAACUAGUGCCUGAUUUCAAGUCUCAGUGUAGGCCAGAGGUGUCUUAUCAGGGCCUUAAUGAAAGUGGUGUAGACCCUUGUCUCCUGUCAUUUCAGGUUUAUUUCCUAAGCUUUUUUUUAUAUGUUCCUCUACACUGGGGCUGUUUCCAACCAGGAGGCCUUCUGAAGAUCUCUCUCUACACUUAGUGGCAGCAGUGGUCGAAGCAUGUCUGAAGAUGGUAGGACUUCAAAUCCCAGGAGACAGUGUCUAACCAGGCUCAGAGCCAGCCAAUAUGAUUGGUUAAAAAUGUUAGUUGUGCAUCAGAACAGCACCAGAUUUUCAGGAUCUUGCUGGCACCACGAAGGUUUAAGCACAGCAGAGAAAAAACAAACUAAACUAAAAUCUCUCCAAGAAGUACCAAGAGUGUAAGAAGCAUGGGGAUUGCAAGGUUUUGAACAUUUCAUUGCAUUGGGGUUAGCAUUCAGCUAGCAAACGUGAGAGGAAAAUGGUAUACUUUCUCAGUGUACCUUUACAAAGCUUUAAUAAAAAUAAACCUGUUGUACAUGU